ACAAAUUACUUACCUAAACCUAACUACGGCCGUCGCCGUCGCCGCCGCCGCAUCUUCCUCUUCUUCCCAAUCCUUGCACCCGCUUCUUUUUGCUUCUUCUUCCCCUUUUUCUUCUCCUUCACCCCAUCGCUGCUGUUGGCCCAGAGUUGCUAUUGUUUCCCAAUCACAGCCGAUCAGCCACAUUUCGCCGCCGUUCACGACUUCAGCCAAGGCUCGGGAAAAAGAAAAAAAAAGCCGCCGGUUCGAACUGCAAACCGGCGGUUGGACCGCCGGUCGAACCCGCCUGGGCAAGUCUAUGUUACUGAAGGAACAUCGUUUGCUUGUACGGCGGCUUCGUCUCCAGUCGACCUAUUCCCUCGAAACCCUAGUUAAAUACGCUCCUCUCUGCCAUGAUCGCUGCAAGAGCUGCUCCGCAAUACUUCAAAUUUUUGCACAGGCUACGUGCAUCUGCAACCCCUCAAUUUUCGUCUCCUCUUAUUGCAAGAUAUCUCGGAACCACCCUCGCUCAAACAUCCGAUCCUUCUUACGAAUAUCGUCGUGUUGACGAGGACAGCACAAGUUACAAUCACAAUGACCGGGAUGGGAAUACUCAAUUGGGUGAUAGUCCUGCUCAUCGGAGUAGUGCGUUACAUAGCGGCAAUAUGCAUCGAAAUCAAAACGUGAAGGAUCGAUUUCAGGGGUCCAAUGGGGGAAAUGGCCAGCACAAUGUGAAUUCAAUCUUCAGUGGCCGUGGCGAUGGGGGGACUUUUGGGAUGCCGCCUCGGAAUCACGGUGCAGUAGAGCUGCAGAAUUCAGUUGGACAAUUUGCUCCGCAAACUUAUGUCCCUUAUUCUUCAGUGCCGAGUGACGUGAAAUUAACUGUGGAGCAAGCUGAAACUCCGGUUCAAACCACCACCAGCAGCCUACAGCAUUUAGAUGAAUUUAUCAGGCAAGGAAAAUUGAAGGAAGCCGUGGAACAAUUAGGACGGCUACACGGCGAGGGUGUCGAGGUUGAUCUGCCUAGGUACAUGAUGUUGAUCAAAGCUUGUGGUGACAAAGAAGAUUUGGAUGCGGCCAAAGCUGUCCACGAGCACCUCUUGAAGUCCACUUUGCACCUUGAAGUCAGGUCGUUCAAUAGAAUUUUAAAGAUGUAUUCUGAUUGUGGUUCCAUGGAAGAUGCUUUCAAAGUGUUCGAUGAAAUGCCUAAACGUAAUCUGACAUCGUGGGACAACAUGAUAACUGGACUUGCCAAGAAUGACCUUGGUGAAGAAGCAAUCGAGUUAUUUACAGAAUUUAAAACAUCAGGAUUAAAACCCGAUGGACAAAUGUUUAUUGGAGUGUUCUCUGCUUGCGGUGUUGUAUGUGAUAUUGUUGAGGGAAUGCUGCAUUUCGAGUCUAUGACGAAGGGUUAUGGCAUCAUCCCUACUAUGGAACACUAUGUUAGCAUAGUUGAUAUGAUGGGAAAUGCAGGGUGGUUGGAUGAAGCAUUGGAAUUCAUUGAAAAGAUGCCAUUGGAGCCGACAGUAGGUAUAUGGGAAACCUUGAUGAAGUUCUCAAGAAUCCAUGGAAACAAAGAGCUUGGGGAUCGAUGUUUGGAACUUAUCGACCUUCUUGAUGCCUCACAUUGCAAUGAGCAGUCAAGGGCAGGCCUGGUAACCUUAAAGCCCUGUGACAUUGUGGGAGAGAGAGAAAACAAGAAAGGAAAUAGCGUAAAUCUCUUAGAUACAACCAGGGGAGCCCAUGAGUACAGAGCAGGUGACAGAUCUCACCCAAACCAUGAAAGGCUAUAUGAAUUGCUAUGGGUGUUGAAGCAGCACAUGAAAGAGGCUGGUUAUGUACCAGACAUCAGAUUUAUUCUCCACGAUGUUGACCCAGAAAUGAAAGAAGAGGCACUUAUGGGGCACAGUGAGAGAUUAGCGGCUGCCCAAGGUCUCCUGACCAGUCCAGCUCGGUCGUCCAUGCGUAUAAUCAAGAAUCUUCGUGUUUGUUGUGAUUGCCAUAAUGUAUUUAAGAUCAUGUCGAAGAUUGUUGGCAGGGCAAUUAUCAUGCGCGAUAGCAAGAGGUUUCAUCAUUUUGAAGAUGGGAGGUGCAACUGCAACGAUUAUUGGUAAAAGUAUACCAGAUUUUGUUGAGAUAGUGGCUCAUUUUUUCGGCUUUGAUUAAGACACAUGAAGGGUAGGAGUAAAGAUACUAUCUUUACACACUGUAUUAUGUGGGGAGAAAUAGCUUCUUCUUUUUUUUGAUAAUUUAUUGGGCAUCAAUAUUUGGAGUUGUUGA